AGGCUUGAAGAUUGUUGAUAGAAUUCGGAUCGACCGCGAAGAUAUAGCGUAUUGGGUUGUAGUCGUUUAGGUGCCGAUUCGAAAAAUUGAGGUUUCCAAUUCCUUUCGAAGUUGUGCCUUAUUUGUACUCGAAUUUAUUAUAGGGAGAACGAGAAACACAAACACAAUUCGUAACCAUGUCCACCAGCAACCUGGCCGCAAAGCUCCGCAAGCUGUAUGGUGAGGCGCCCACCGACAGCACGGCCGCACUGGAGCAGCACGACAGCCUCCUGGAUGCCCCGUCCCUGAAGAAGCGAAAAGUCGACGCGAGCUUGCUCAACCUCGGCGGAAAUGAUCAAAAGACAAGCAGCAAAGGAAGAUUACGCCUCCGCGCCGACAUCCCGAACUUGGUGCCGAGUGCGAAGGUGAGCAGGAGAGAGUUGGAGCAGGACGAUGGGAUGUUGAGUAGUGCUGACGAGCAGUCCUCUUCGGCGGAGCUGGAAUUUGUCAGUGGCGACGAAGUAGAGGGCGGCGAGGACGGCACUUCGAGUGAAGAUGAUCUGCAAGAAAAAGGCUCGUCCUCUGAACUGGAGGACAACGAUUUCAAGAGCGAAGCCAGCGAAAUCUCCUCCGACGAUGCUCCCAUCGAACAGAAAACCACGUCCCACGGUGCGCAAGCUGUCGCUCCGCGUGGCGGUAUUAAACAUGGAGCGGAAGAAGAAGAUGACCAGAGUGACAAAAAGCGGCAGCCCCUUUUCGCCAUCAACGCAGACCUGCAGAAGCAGUACGAGGAAGCGACGAAACCGAAAAAGUUCACGUUGAUCAAGAAGAUCGGUGACAGCACGGUGAACAGCGGCGAAAAGUUCGCGCCCCAGGCUGUGAGGACGCAGGUGAACUUCUUCAAGAAGUUGCAGAAGCUGCGGAUUUUGCUGGAGCCAAGUCUGAAAAGGGUCCGAGAUGCUGGUGUGGGGGCCACGAACAAGGCAAGCGAAAUUGAAAGGCAGAAAUCCCAGCACGACCAGCUGUUAAAACUGAAGUCCGAACUGCAGCAGCUGCAGGUAAGUUCGCUCCCGGAGGAGUGGCAAGUUGGACGAGCAGAACUACAAGCGACAUCAAACAAUGCAACUUCUCAGACGAAAGCGGUACUGCCUCGUCUUCCAGAAGUAGAGCAAGUCGUGACGAGUUGCGUCGACGCUCUGGAGCAGACCCGGCAGGAGACGCAGGUGACAGUGAAGGGCGAGAAAGCGUUCAAGGUCCUGGAUCAGAGCAUCCCCGCACAGAUCCGCAACGCGCUCUUGGACAAGAAUUGGGAGAAGAAGGUGCACCCGAAAAAAGCGGCAGAGGACAGGACAAGUGCAGCUUCGACCACACCAGCCACAGGCACGACUUCCGCUCUUAAAAAUCAAGAUGAGGACUUGCUCGAUCGGAGGUUCUAUGACGACCGGGACUUCUACGCGCAAAUGCUGCAAGACAUAGUCUCAGCUGGUUGUACGGCGACAAAAGGAGACGAUACAAGCGGAAGGAACUUGAUUACCUCCGCGGCAACGGAGAGCGCAAAUUCCAAGAGCAAAGCGCUGAACUCCAAGAAGAAUUUGCACUACGAUCGCCGGGCCUCGAAGGGGAGGAAAAUUCGCUACGUACCGAUCGAGAAGCUGCAGAACUUCAUGACGGCCAGGAGUGUCGUCGAACAAAUGAACGAUACGUUAGUGGAGCAAAUGAUGAGAAGUCUGUUUCGCUAACAUGCAAACUUUAGCGUUGGUGCGGCAAGAUCAGGAAAUUGUAUCAUCACGAGGAGCAGGAAGAUCAUUCUUGCAGCAGUCUGGUGAAGAGGUUGUGAUGUUGGGAUCACGUAGUUCUCAUCAACAUGAACGACGCAGAGCUAAAUGUCAUCGCAAAACAUGUUGAGACGACGUCCUUCUCCUUGCGCUCUUCGGAGGUCGUAGGGUACUUCUCUACUACAUGCAAAACCGUACUAGAUAUCGCUCAUCCAGAUGAACUUACUGCAACUUAAGUAUGC